UGGACAGUCCGUCGUCGCGGCGGCCAUGGCGGCGGUGCGGGGGGCGCUCCGCUGUGCUCUGGCGGCGGCGGUGCUGGCGGCGGCGCUGGCGCUGGACAACGGGCUGGCGCGGACGCCGCCGAUGGGCUGGCUGCACUGGGAGCGCUUCCUCUGCGCCACCGACUGCGCCACCGACCCGCACCGCUGCGUCAGCGAACGGCUCUUCGUGGAGAUGGCCGAUGUGAUGGCUGCCGAGGGCUGGAGGGACGCAGGCUACGAGUUCGUCUGUAUUGACGACUGCUGGAUGGCCCCGACGCGGGAUGAGCAUGACAGGCUCCAGGCUGACCCAAAACGGUUCCCCAGUGGCAUCCGCAAGCUGGCUGACUACGUCCACUCCAAGGGACUGAAGCUGGGAAUCUACAGCGAUGUGGGGAACAAGACGUGUGCUGGCUUCCCUGGCAGUUAUAACCACUAUGACCUGGAUGCCCAGACAUUUGCCUCCUGGGGUGUGGACUUGCUGAAGUUUGACGGCUGCAACUCUGGCUCACUGGAGCUGCUGGCAGAAGGUUACAGGCACAUGUCUGUGGCCCUGAACAAGACUGGAAGGAGCAUUGUGUACUCCUGUGAGUGGCCUUUCUACUUGAGACCCAUGCAGCAGCCCAAUUACACGGAGAUCAAACAGUACUGCAAUCACUGGAGGAACUUUUUUGAUGUCUAUGAUUCCUGGAGCAGUAUCAAGAGUAUUUUGGACUGGACAGCACUUCACCAGGGCAGCAUUGUGAAGAUAGCUGGGCCAGGGGGCUGGAAUGAUCCUGACAUGCUGGUGAUUGGAAACUUUGGGCUGAGCUGGGACCAGGCGGUGACUCAGAUGGCAAUGUGGGCUAUUAUGGCAGCUCCCCUCUUCAUGUCUAACGACCUGCGACACAUUAGUCCUGAGGCCAAGUGGCUGCUCCAGAACAAAGAGGUUAUCGCCAUCAACCAGGAUCCACUGGGCAAGCAGGGAUACCAAAUCACCAAGGACAAGAACUUUGAGCUGUGGGAGCGGCCACUGUCUGGCCAAGCCUACGCUGUGGCAGUGCUGAACCACCAGGAAAUUGGGGGACCCCAGAACUUCACCUUCUCCCUCGCCUUCCUCGGCAAUGGGCUGGCGUGCAACCCAGCGUGCUCUGUCCAGCAGAUCCUGCCAGCCAGCAGGGACUGGGGGGUUUACAGCUGGGUCUCCUCCUUGAGCGUGGAGGUGAACCCAACAGGCACCGUGCUGCUGAAAGUAGUGGCUCUAUAGGAAGCACAAAUUCAGUCUUUUCAUAAGCCUCGGACUCUGUCUAAACUUCUUGUGACAAGAAGCCUGUCUCCUUCCUCCAUGCAGGGUCUUUGUUCUUUCCUCAGGCAUUCACUAAUCAAGUACUUCUAGGUGGAUUUUGAACCUUUAGCCUGAUGUGACAAAUAGGCAUCACUGUCACCAAGAGAUAACAGGGAAAGGGGUGCUGCUUCUCUUCUGUUUACCCUUUCUCUGGCAUCUCUCCUAACUCCUCCUUCAAGGGGCUAUAAGGGCCCCAGCUGGGCAGCACCACCUGUUAACAUGCACUGCCACUGCCAGUCAAGGAAAUGCAAAGGAUACAUGCAGCAUCUUACAGCUCUCCUGGAGCAUUUCAGGGACAAUAGGGAAAUACAUCCUGGCUGCCUUGCUCUUGCUUUUCCAGGCUGGGGCACACAGUCCCAAGAACAAGAAAAGCUGCUCCUACCCUGCUGAAGAAACCCAACACUCCUCAGAACGCAAACUGGGGCACACAGUGCAUGAGCAAGAAAAGCUGCUUGUACCCUGCUGAAGAAAUGAUGUUCUCACAGCAUGGACAUCUACAUCUACCUUCUGACAACUCAGGGACUGGCCUAAAUCACUGCACUUCUUAGCAACUGCUUCCUUGACAACUGCCUGCACAGUAUAAAUGUGAUUAAGUAUCGUGCCUUAGGACUUGGCUUUUGAAGGUGUCUCCUUACCCCAAGAGUCUUCCUCUCAUCAGUGGCUGUCACUUCCCUUUAGAUGACAAUUCCCUGCCUACCCUUCAUGAGACCGCUGGGAUCCUAUUCCUCAGUGAGCCGCCUUCCAGAAAUACCAGUGUGCUUUUGCUUUCUGCUGCUGACAGCGGCCUUUGCAUUAACAGGUCCUUCUGACACAGGAGAUGGAUACUAAUCACUUAUGUAACCAUCACAUACAAGUAUGUCCCCUUUUGCCUCCUACACAAUCAGGGCAUCUUGAUUUGUUCUUAUCUCUGUGAUUAAGCACUUUGAUUAAAAUGUCCCUUAACAAGGA